CACUCAUAUUUUGUGGACUACUGCUGGUGGUGGUUGAUGUUUCUAACUUGAUUUAUGACUGGCUACCAGCUUGACCCCUCCCACCCCUGUCGUUCGGUCUCUUCGUCUUCUAUGCUCUGCAGCUGCUUGUCGUGAACAUCGAGGAUACCAUUUCUUCUUCGUUUCUAUCUUCUUCCAUGGUGCUCAUAAGAACUCUUUGGCUCUUUCAGCUAAUUCUCCUUCUCCUCUUCUUCGCUUCGCUCUCUGGAGCUCUCGACCUCUCCGAUUCAGAUCGGCUCGACGUCGCCAACGACACUGCCGUCUCCAACUCCUCCCUCUCUCAACCUAAAGAUGGCAGUUUCGCUAAAAUCAUCGAUGAUGCUCUUCGGAAGGAGUUCCCUGAGAAUGAACAAAACGACGCAACUGAUUCUGGAAGCUUCAACAAUAGUGUAGCUGAUCAGCAGGCAGUUCUGGAAACUGUUGCCAGAGUUAAACCGAAGAAAAAUGACACAAAAGAGGAAAAGUCAUUUAUUUUCAAUUUGGAAAAUGAUAAUGGAGCUGAAGAUACUCCUACACUGAUAGAUAGAAAGGACAACAUCUUCAUUAUAUCUAAUUUUAAAUCAAAAUAUCCAGUGCUGCAGUUGGAUUUGAGAUUGAUAUCAGAUUUGGUUGUCGUCAUUGUGUCUGCAACUUGUGGUGGCAUUGCGUUUGCGUGUGCCGGACAGCCGGUUAUUACUGGAUACUUGCUAGCAGGGUCUGUUAUUGGGCCUGGAGGGUUCAGCUUUGUCAGUGAAAUGGUGCAAGUUGAGACAGUUGCUCAAUUUGGUGUUAUUUUUCUUCUUUUUGCGUUGGGCCUGGAGUUCUCAACUACAAAACUUCGAGUUGUACGGGCAGUUGCCGUUUUAGGAGGUCUGCUCCAAAUUGUUUUAUUUAUGUUCCUAUGUGGGAUUACAGCGAUGUUAUGUGGUGGUAAGCCUUCUGAGGGUAUAUUUGUUGGUGCUAUCCUUUCGAUGUCUUCAACAGCAGUGGUUUUAAAGUUUUUGAUGGAAAAGAAUUCUACUAAUGCCCUUCAUGGUCAAGUCACCAUUGGCACUCUCAUUCUGCAGGACUGUGCUGUUGGUUUGUUGUUUGCAUUGCUUCCCAUUCUUGGUGGAACUUCUGAUGUUCUUCAAGGAGUAAUAUCCAUGACUAAACUGUUGGUAGUGUUGAUUGCAUUUUUGGGUGUUUUGUCAAUAUUAUCACGUACUUGCGUUCCUUGGUUUCUUAAAUUGAUGAUGAACCUUUCAUCACAGACCAAUGAGCUCUAUCAAUUGGCAUCAGUGGCAUUCUGCUUACUUAUAGCCUGGUGUAGUGAUAAGCUGGGCCUAAGUUUAGAGUUGGGAUCUUUUGCUGCUGGGGUGAUGAUAUCAACAACUGAUCUUGCUCAUCAUACACUAGAACAAAUAGAACCCAUUCGGAAUUUUUUUGCUGCUUUAUUCCUUGCCAGCAUUGGGAUGCUGAUCCAUGUUCAUUUUCUGUGGAACCAUGUUGAUAUAUUGCUAGCAUCUGUUAUAUUAGUCAUAAUCAUAAAGACAGCCAUAAUCACUACUGUUGUAAAAGGAUUUGGUUAUAACAACAAGACUGCAAUGCUUGUUGGAAUGUCGCUGGCUCAAAUAGGGGAGUUCGCUUUUGUUCUUCUCAGCCGUGCUUCUAAUCUUCAUCUCAUUGAGGGGAAGCUUUACCUACUUCUUCUUGGGACAACAGCUCUUAGCCUGAUAAUGACUCCCCUGCUUUUCAAGCUAAUUCCUGCGGUGGCAAAUCUUGGUAUUCUGUUACGGUGGUUCCCACCUGACAGUUCUGUAGAGAUUGGGUUUAAAGGAGAUAACUUCCGAUCAGACAGUGGUAAACAGCGGAUUACAUUAAUUGUCCAAGAACCUCAUGACUCUUGAGCUCUGUACAUAAACAUUUCAAGAGUUUUGGCUCUGGCCAGUGCUUCUCGCUGUGCAGAUGAAAUCAAGGUUUUUACCCUCUCCUGAUACAACGUUAUUGUCGGAAAUUUUCCGUUAUGUCACUAACCAAGUUUGGUGUUGAGAUUGAGAUUUAGUUGUUGUUGUUGCACGUCACUAACCAAAUCAUUACCAAAUCAAUCCUCGUAAAUGGAAGAAUGGGGAUGAGGUAAUCUAACUGCCAUUAAGGACUGACAUGAAGCAUUUUCAUGUGAUUUAGAUGAUCGUUCAUCUCUUACUGAAAAUUUUUCUCCUUUGUACCGUAGUUUAAUUUGAGCUUAUAAUCUAGGAUGAUAGUGGAUGAAUACUCAUACUUGAUGUUCAAUCAAAUUGUCAAAUUUAAUUC